AUGGCAAUAUCGAUAAUCGCAAGGCAUUUUGCAAGAGCUUCGAAAAUAGCAUAUCUUCCUAACGAAGCAUUCGCAUUGACAAAAGCAUACGCAAUUUCCCCAUAUGAUGAAUCAGUUGAUAUUGCUUUAACUCUCAAUAUUGAUGCCAAAAAAACAGACCAGACUGUAAGAGGCACCUGUGCAAUGCCUUCAGGGCUUGGCAAAAAAAUAAAAAUAGCAGUGUUUACAUCAGCAGUCAAUUAUAAGCUAGCUGCAGAUGCAGGAGCUGAAUUUGUUGGAGAUUCUUUAUUAAAAGAUAUUAAGGAAGGGAAAAUUGAAUUCGAUAAAACAAUAGCAACACAAGAAAUGAUGGAUGUGCUAAAGCCAUUCGGAAAAAUUUUGGGUCCAAGAGGCCUGAUGCCUACUUUAAAGUCUGGGAAUGUAGUUCCUGUGGACAAACUGGAGGAAACUAUUAAAGUUAUGAAAAUGGGAAGCUUGCAGUUUAGAUGCCAGAAAGAAGGAAUCAUCCACACAACUAUAGGAAGGUCAAGCUUUACAGAAGAGGAGCUAAAAGUAAAUCUUAGAGCUUUUAUAGCAGCUGUAAAUAGUUUGAGACCUGCAGCUGUAAGAGGAAAACUAUUGAAAAAAGCUUUCAUUAAAUCGACUCAAGGUCCGGCAUGGCGCUUAGAUAUUGAUACAAUUGACACUAAUAGCGCUAAAUGCUUAAUUUAA